AUGGCCAUGGACAACAGUAAGUUUGAGCAAUUAAGCAAACAUUUUCCAAAGUCAUUAAAGUUUUCAUUGAAUCCAGUUUAUUAUGGAGCCAGAGUAGGAAUUCAAGCAUACUUGGGAUUGUUGGUCGGUGGAACUUUGGUAAUCUACCUUAACACAUUCAAUGGAAUAACAUUCCCAUACUUAUAUAAGAGACAAAAAGUUGAAUAUCAAGCAGUACCAGAUUUCUAUUCAAAAUAAGUAUUGCUUUAUUAAAGAACAGUGCCAAAUACAGUGACUCAAUUGUGAGAUAUAAUAUAUUGAACAUUAUUAAAAUAUUAGUGAUAACUAAAUAUUCAA